ACGACUUCUAAAAAGUGCAGCGCAAUAAUAUGUGCCACAUGCUGCGGAAGUGCUCAUUUCAAGUCAGAGCGUUUUUGUUUUAAUGUAAUAGAUUUACAUGCGCAUUUAGUAACUUUUUUAAUAUUUCACAAUGUCGAUUUCAGUGUUAAAAAGAGGACUUGAGCUGCUUAAUGAAGAUCUAAAAGGUACAACCAAGGGUCAGAAGAAGAAGAACCCCAAGAAAACAUCAGUGAUGGAUCAGAUUAGCACCAAUAAGCAGGGGGUUAAGAAGCAGAUUCGGCGACUGCAGGCCAACAACAAAACCAGGAAAAACAAAGCCACAGUCAAAGAUAAGCAGAUCAGAAAUGCCUUAGAGGAAUACCAAAAAAAGCAGAAGAAAAGUCAGCUCAGUUCCAACCUGGAGUACUUCCUGGAAAGCAGCUGUAAAACGCAGGACAGCUGCACAAAGAAGAUCGUGCAGCAGAACGUAGGCCGGCAGUCCCGGUACCAUCCCGAGAAACCCGUCAAGAAACAAGAAAAGCAAUCCAUAUUCACAGAGGCGGAAUUCCAGAAGUUCCAGCAGGAAUACUUUUCUAAACGUUGAUCUCAUUUUUGACUUUUUAAAGUCUUUUCUAGGACAAACUUCUAGAAAAGUAGCACGGAUAGACUUUCAGUUUCCAUUAUUGUGAAACGUUUAAUUUUUUUGUUUGUUUUGUGUCUUACAAAUAAAUAUUUCUUUGCCGGUUUGCCAAAA